UCAUCAAUAUUGUUAGCAUGGCUAAGUUCAUGGCUCAUUUGUUAGCUUUCUCUCUUUUCAUGGCCUUUAGGGUUUGCACUAGUGACCCAAUCCUCUCAUGCACUCAAACACCCUACCCUUAUGUUUGCACUAGUUCCAUAUCCAACACCAUUAAGGACUCAUUAGGGUUCCUCAACUCUGCCUUGCAAGCAACCCUAGACCAUGCAGUGCAGACACAUAAGCUUGCAUCAUCAAUAGACGUUAGCUUGUUUGAUGAGAGAGCCAAGGCUGCAUGGAAUGACUGCCUUGAGCUAUGUGAGGAUACCAUUAGUCACCUAAACAAGUGCAUGUCUCCAAAUUCUGUCUCAUUUGAUGACUCUCAAACAUGGUUAAGUGCGGCCAUAGCCAACCAACAAACAUGCAUGAAUGGCUUCAAGGAACUGAAUGUUAACCUUUCUCACUUACCAUCCUUUCCUUUCACAUCCAACAACAUAUCUAAAUUCAUUAGCAACUCUUUAGCCAUAAACAAAGCAUUUUCUCCGGUUAAAUCAGGCGGUAAUCGUCGUUUACUUUCCGAUAACUUCCCGAACUGGCUCUCCAUCUCGGACAGAAAACUCCUUCAAUCAUCAACUGUAAAGGCUGAUCUCACCGUAGCUCAAGAUGGUUCCGGUGAUUAUAAGACAAUAUCAGAGGCCGUUUCGGCUUCUUCAAAGAUAAGGAGUGGGAGUUCUAGGGUUGUGAUCUCAGUGAAGGCUGGUGUUUAUAAUGAGAAUGUUCAGAUUGGUAAUUCAAUGAAGAAUAUUAUGAUGGUUGGAGAUGGCAUUGAUCAAACUAUUGUCACAGGGAGUAAGAAUGUUCAAGAUGGUUCAACCACCUUCCAGUCAGCAACAUUUGCGGUCACCGGAAGCGGAUUUAUUGCGAAAGGCAUGACGUUCGAGAACACCGCCGGACCACAAAAGCAUCAAGCAGUGGCUCUCCGAUCCGGGGCCGACCUCUCGGUGUUCUACCAAUGUAGUUUCAAGGGUUACCAAGACACACUCUACGUCUACUCCCAACGCCAAUUCUACCGAAACUGUGACAUCUAUGGCACCGUAGACUUCAUCUUCGGAGACGCUGCUGCUGUCUUCCAAAACUGUAAUAUGUACGUAAGAAAACCAAUGAGCCAGCAGCAGAACACAGUCACAGCACAAGGCAGGACAGACCCAAAUGAAAACACCGGCAUAAUUGUACAUAACUCGGUGGUGUCGGCGACGUCAGAGUUACAAUCAGUGCAGGGUUCCAUCAAGACGUAUCUUGGCCGGCCAUGGCAGAAGUACUCAAGGACUGUGUUCAUGAAGACAUCACUUGGUAGUUUGAUUGAUCCGGCAGGGUGGUUGGCAUGGGAUGGAGACUUUGCUCUGAGUACUUUGUAUUAUGGUGAGUACAUGAACACUGGAAGUGGGGCUUCAACUUCCGGUAGAGUUAAAUGGGCAGGGUAUCAUGUUAUAACUAGUGCUUCUGAGGCCGGAAAGUUCACCGUUGGGAACUUCUUGGCCGGAAAUUCUUGGAUUCCGGCCACCGGAGUUCCUUUCACUUCAGGGCUUUGAAGUUAGCUUGAAAGGAUAUAGAUAGGAAGAUUAUGUAUAGAAGGAGAAAUACUUGUCAUUUUUUUGGGUGUAUUAAUUAUUUCAUUUGUAGUUGGUUCUUGAUAUGAAGUUGUUGCUGUUGUCAUUGAAGUUAAUUAAUUAGUCAAUGAUGUUACAAUAAAACAUGAAAUUAAGUUUU